AUGUUCAUCACUGAACACAACAGAACAGAUGUUUCCUCGUAUUACGAAGUUUUGAUGGAGAAGGUGAUUUUAAUUUUCCCUAUAAUCCUCUGCCUCUGUGGCCUGGUGGGAAAUGGGAUGGUCAUCUGGCUGCUCGGUUUCUGCAUGAAGAGGAACCACUUCUCUGUCUACAUCCUCAACUUGGCCGUUGCAGAUUUCACUUUUCUAUUAAGUGCCAUAAUGUGGAUUACAGCCGAGCUCACACUUAAUACUGGUUUUCUAUUUCGGUUUGCAAACACACUCUGCCUAUCUUCUUACUCAGUGGGUCUCAUCCUGCUCAUAACCAUCAGCAUUGAGCGCUGUGUCUCUGUGCUCUGGCCCCUCUGGUACAAAUGCCACCAUGCAGAACAUCUCUCCACCAUUGUGUGUGCCCUCAUUUGGGCUCUCUUCCAUAUUUUCAUCUUAAUAAUAUAUAUAUUUAGUGACUAUAAAAUUAAAGAUGUAUCUAUAGUGUGUUACAUAUAUGGAUUUAUAACCCUUCCAGCUUUCCUGGUGCUCUUUGUGUCCAACCUGACUCUUUUCAUCCGGGUCCAUUGUUUCUCCCAGCAAAGAAAUUCCAGCAGGGCCUACUGGACCAUCCUGCUCAAUGUCCUUGUCUUCCUGCUGCUCAGUGUGCCAAAUGGAGUCUAUAUGGUCUGCGAAUUUUUUAUGGAGAAACCACUUUUUACUUCUGAGAUACUGAUCUUCAAUACCCUCUGUACAGUGAAUAGUUCAGUUAACCCCAUCAUCUACUUCUUUAUUGGACGAUACAGGCAGCAGGGAGGCAGGAAACGCCUCCAAGAAGUGCUCCAGAGGGCACUGACAGAUGAGAAUGAUGAAGCUGAGCAGAGAAGAGGAAGACCAUCAUUCCAGACAGAGCAUGACAUCCCUUGA